AUGUCCUCUCCAGGCCAAUCGGGCUCGAAUCACUUGCUAUUCGACGCCGUCAAGGAAGCACUCAAGAACAAGACACUUCGUGAGGCAAUGGAAGAGCUCAAAGCCUUUCAUCWCAGACUGGAUUUGAGCUUGAGGAACCUCGAAGCGAAUUGGAUCCCGACCGACGCUACGGUGGUGCAGAAAGUUGGCAGCGAGGAUGGAAGUGGAGAUCGAAGUGCCAUUAUUGGCGAGGGGGACGUCGAGGAGUAUCGAUUGGUAGAGCGCUCCUGGAGUUGGAACACGGUCGAGGAGUGGAUUGGCCAAGUCAACGAUGCCAUCCAGGCGGGAUGA